GUCAGUAAAUAAGACGCGCGGUAGGUACUACCCUCUGCAGUCAGGUAGUAAAACGGGGGUGUGCAAGUGAGUUCGUUCUAACGUUAGGUGAUCAGCUGUGCUGUUUUUUGACGUGGUUUCACCGUUGUGUGGUGUUUUGCGUUCUUUCAAACGACAAAGAAUCGUUGAUAGUGCAUCAAAGAGAGAACGAGCACAAGUAAGAAAUAGGGAAAAGAACAUUACGCGGUGGCGGCGAUAAAUCGGUCGUAUUUUUCGGGCGAAGGUGGGGGUCAAGCAAGUGAGGCAUGACGGGAACAGGUGACAAUAGAGCUUCGCCAUGUUAAAUUUUACGAGAUCGCGAAACGUGCGCCGCUGCUGCUGCUGCUGCUGCUGCUGUUGGUGCUAGUGGAGAGUGAGAGAAUUUAUUUUGUUUUCUCGACUCUCGUGCUACUUUCCUCAGCGGUGAUCCAACUGAAAAUCAUCCAAGCUGGAUAGGUUACCCGAGUAUCUCCGCGAUACCGUGGACUGGUUUAUGGGAAUACGUCGAACGUGAAGACAAGUUCAGAUUGAAUUUGAAGCUAUCACGAGCGGAUUGACCGUCGAAAAACUUGAAGAAUCUAUAUCUAAUCAAUUAUAAAAUGGCUUCGACAACGUUUCAUCGUCGCCUAGAAGAAGCUUCUACCGAAUCAGCAACUCGAAAACUUGAAUACAUCGAGGAGAGACGCUAAAAGAUGCUUUGUAAACGUACUUUACCUUGAAGAUCAAGGAUACGUAAAGAGGGAUAGAUAGAGUAAAUCUUGAAUAGUAAAGGUGAACACCAAGCGAUUGUCGGAGGUCGCGAACGGUGUUCGAUGAGAACCAAACAAGAUUUGGUGCAUACCCAGCGUACGUGAAAAGGUCCUCGGGCACGAGGACGGGGUGCCGAGGAGAUCGUCUUCGACGACGACGAUCACGUCGACGACGAUGCUACGUUCACCGGCACGCGUCGUUCUUCAGGAUUCUUCCGCUUCGACGUCCUCGACCCUGUCGGCUCCACCGACGCCGGUUCACCACGGCGCCGCUUCCGGUUCAGGCACCGCCUCUGGCUCCAGCUCCAGCGUCUCCUCGCGUCUUUCUCUUCUCGACACCUGCCACAGGAAGAUCAGGUUCUUCGGCGAGCUUGUCGCAAAAGCCCGACGAAAGGAGAAGGAUGCGGGAACCACAGAAGAUCCGAAAUUGUACCUCGAGGAGGCGGCUCUUGAAAGGCAGCUGCCAGAACUGGACCUGAGGAUGUUGGUCGAUCUACCACCAGGUUUGGACUACAACGAGUGGCUGGCCUCUCACACCCUGGCACUAUUCGAUCACAUAAACCUCGUUUACGGAACGAUAUCUGAAUUUUGCACGAUGACGGGCUGUCCCGACAUGACUGGUCCUGGCUUAAGAACUUAUCUGUGGUUCGAUGAGAAGGGAAAGAAAACGAGAGUGGCAGCGCCACAAUAUAUAGAUUAUGUUAUGACUUUUACACAACGCACCGUUAGUGACGAAACUAUAUUUCCUACCAAGUAUGCAAAUGAAUUUCCUAGCUCGUUCGAAUCGAUAGUGCGUAAGAUCCUGCGGCUACUGUACCACGUGGUGGCACACAUUUACCACUGCCACUUCAGAGAGGUAGCACUCUUGGGGUUGCACGCUCACCUCAAUUGUGUGUUUGCCCACCUCACGCUCCUUAAUCAACGCUUCAACCUGAUCGAUCCGAAGGAAACGGAGAUCUUAGGGGACUUGGAGGCAGCUCUCUUGGGUGACUCGACGUCAUCAUCAGCGCCUUCACAGACCUUAGCCAUCCAGGAGACUCCGACCACAGCCACCUAGAUCGCGAUGCACAGUAAACAAGAGGUUGCAGUUCCUGAGACUAGGUGACGAUAGGCGUUUUGUUUUCCCUCUUUUUUUUCCUUUUCUCUCUCUAUCUCUCUUUCUCUUUUCCUUUUUUUUUCUAAUUAGAGAGUACGCGAACGACAGAGUUUAAGGAUAACGAUUAUACACGCAGGUGGAGCGAGAGCGCAAUUCUGUAAAAACCAGUAGUACCUGUACAUAGCGAAGUGUGAAACAACUACAUGAUGUAAUUAGGUUCCUCCGUUUGUUGUUUGUGAGAUUGUACAUAAUUUAUUAAACAGUAAGAUAUACGAAAGAGA